GCGGCGGUGUUUGUGCACAUGCGCUUCGUAUGCUCCGAGAAAGUGUUCUGGCUGGGUGUCACUGGCUGAGAUGGAGUCGGCGGUGGAGGAAUUGAUGCCCCGGCUCCUGCCGGUGGAGGACUGUGACCUUGCGGAAGAUUUCGACCCCACUGUGCCCCCCAGAACACCCCAAGAGUAUUUAAAGCGGGUCCAGAUUGAAGCGGCAAAAUGCCCUGAUGUUGUUGUAGCCCAGAUAGACCCCAAGAAAUUGAAAAAGAAGCAGACUGUGAAUAUAUCACUUUCAAGAUGCCAGCCUGCCCCAGAAGGGUACUCUCCGACUCUGAAAUGGCAACAGCAACAAGUGGCUCACUUCUCAGCCAUUCGCCAGAGUGUGAACAAGCACAGGAAUCACUGGAAGUCACAGCAUUUGGACAGUAAUGUAGCAAUUCCUAGAUCAGAUGAUGAAGAAGGCUGGAAAAAAUUUUGUCUGGGUGAAAAGUUAUAUUUAGACAUGGCUAUUCAAGUAUCCAGUGAUGAAAAUCAAGGAAUUGAUUAUAUACAGAUUGGCUUUCCUCCACUGCUGAGCAUUGUUAGCAGAAUGAAUCAGGCAACAGUAACCAGUGUCUUGGAAUACCUAACUAACUGGCUUGCAGAGAAGGAAUUUACUCCAGAACUGGGCAGAUGGCUUUAUGCUUUGUUGGCCUGUCUUGAAAAGCCAUUGUUACCAGAGGCUCACUCCCUAAUUCGGCAACUGGCCAGACGAUGCUCUGAAGUGCGAGUCUUGGAGGAAAACAAGAAUGAGGAAAGUGUGUCUGCUCUGAACUUGUUAAUUUGUUUAGUUGGCAGGUAUUUUGACCAACACGACCUGGCUGAUGAGGCAUCCUGAUAACAUCUGGAGACUAUACAAGCUCAGGAUGUCAUGGUUUCUAAGGCAGAAUGCCAUGCCAGUGUUAUCAGCCAGCUUCUCUGUGCCUCCAAGUGUGAAAAAAGAAGAUAUGUCCCACUUUCCAGUAUGACCUCAGAGGGUAGGAGGAAUUGUGUGAUCUGUAAUCGAAGAGUAAUUAAACUAGUUGUUUUAGCCAGAGUAGUGCUACGUAACUCAACUUGGAAGAGUUCAACAGCAGAGUGCCUGAACACAUCCUUAUGGACCCAUUUGCCUGCAGCAACUACUCGAAGUGUGAUCUAUAUACAAACUGCAAGCUGCUCCUUAUUCUGGCUGCUACAGAAUGGAGCAAGAUACCUGCAGGAUUGAAUCAGGCAAAUGUAAAGAUUUAUAAGACUUUUUAUGUUUUACAAUAAACUUUUUAAAAGGCCUUUAA